CACUUUUACCGUUUUACGUCACUUAAAUAAUUUUCCUUCCCCACUUUCCCUUGUUAAAUACACUUUCCUCGCAUCCAAACACCCCCUCACUACAGAAAUCUUUUUUUUUUCUCCUUGAUUUGCUUUCAUCCAUUUCUUAAAGAAGAAAUGGUGAAGCCUCAAAAGCCCCCAUCUGGCCGUACAAAUCUAGCUUCGUGUAUUGUAGCAACGAUUUUCUUGAUCUUCGUUGUAAUAAUAGGUCUCAUCGUUUACUUCACCCUUUUUAAACCAAAGGAUCCGAAGAUCUCUGUCAACUCCGUCCAGAUUCCGUCGUUCUCAGUCGGUAACAACUCCGUCAGCUUCACUUUCUCCCAAUACGUUUCCGUUAAAAACCCUAACCGAGCCGCUUUCUCUCACUACGACAGCUCUAUCCAGCUCAUUUAUUCGGGUUCUCAAGUCGGAUUCAUGUUCAUACCCGCGGGGAAGAUCGAAGCGGGUCGGACCCAGAUCAUGGCCGCAACUUUCUCCGUUCAGUCUUUUCCCUUGGCUGCGCUGAAUGAGGCGUCGGCCGCAACAAUUCCCAUAACUCCAACGACGGGGCCCAUCGGUGUUAUUGGAGGGUUUGGCGGGAAUAACAAUGGUUAUCGAGUCGGACCCACGAUGGAGGUUGAGUCUCGGAUGGAGAUGGCGGGUCGGACUCGGGUUCUGAAUUUCUUCACACAUCAUGUUGAUGCUAAAUCUGAAUGCAGAGUCACCAUUGCAGUGAGUGAUGGUUCUGUUUUAGGUUUCCACUGCUGAUUUUUUUUUUUUGUCUUUUUUAGUUAUGUUAAUGUAAUUUAAGGGACUGAUUAGCCUUUUUCUUUCAAGAUUUGUUGAAAGAAGUGUAUAAAUAGUGCGCAAGUUGUUUUAGGAA